GAGAUAUCUCCAGUAACACACAUACAUACACAUGCACACACAAGUAUCCACCACAGACACCUGCAAUAUACCAGGAAGUUAGGGUACGUCACAGCUGGCUGCAUCGUUUCUUUGGUUUACUUCGUAUGGCGACUGCUGUGUAUUUUUAUUAACGCAUAAACAUGGCGCAGGGAUACAUGGUCUGUUUCAUAGUUGUGCUAUUUGGCGUUGUUCAGUCAGUGGCAGGUUUGCUUUAUCUGACUGCAUCUGGACGAUAUGGAAUUGUUGGUUCGCCUUUCACAUUCACCUGUAGGAUCAAAUAUUUUCCCGAGGUUACCUGGUUUGUGAAUGAUACCGAGUACACGAUGUAUUACGCUGGUGGAAGUGAAUGCUAUCCUAUGUCGCCUCUUCCGACAGACUACACUUUCAACUGUACGUACGACAUAUUCACGCUAACAAUCAACUCUGUGAACAUAAGUCAGCACAGAACAGUUUGGAGAUGUGGUUUUAAACGUGGACGACCAGAGAGCAAUACAAUAGUGCUGGAAGUUCGAGAUGGUCCUGGUUCAAAAAUACUUAUGGACAUAUCCUGUUCAUUAUUUCCUGAAGAACGAAAUGACGUAACACUGUCAUGCGUAGCAGACUGUUUCCUCCGAUGUGACUACACGUGGAAGUUCAAUGACAAGACAAUAGGCAACACAAGCAUUCUGUCCAUAUUCAGAAAUGACAAAACACAAACUGGAACCUACACAUGUACUGCUGUCAAUCCAGAUAUAGGAAAAUCAGCAAACGCAACAGUAUAUGUUGGUGUGCAGUGUUUGUCAGACAAGGUACACAGCCGGUUUGCGGCAGGUUUCGGAAGUGGAAUCGGAACAGCACUUUUAUUGAUCGUCCUCACUGGAGCAGCUGCUUUCGUGUAUUUCUGGUUGAAGAAAUCUGGGAAAUGGUUAACACAGGAGACGAACCCAAGAGAAACCACAGAACAUGCAGCAUUCUAUAAUAUUGGACAGGCUUCUGAUCACCAACAGGAACCUAAUGCUAGACCGGAAGUUCAUGCUAGACCGGAAGCUCAUGCUAGACCGGAAACUGACACUACACCGGAAGCUGACACUGCACCAGAAAAUAAUUCGACAUAUUACUCGUCGCUAAAUUCGCCCGAUGCUCAGAACCCUUCUUAUGACGUUCUCACGUUUGGUGACAGUACAAAAGAUAUAUACGAAGAUGUAUAAAGCUGAGACUGUUAAUCAUGGAGUCUGUCCAGGGGCGGACCUAAUAAAUGUUACAUGCAUCCGUCCCUAGACCAUUUAUGUAUGCACCUUUUGUGUCAAGUUUAAAAAAUAAAAUUAAUAAAUAUAUGAAUAAAAAGCAACAACAAACAAACACAAACAACAAAACCAAAACUUUAAACAACAACAACAACAAAACCAAAGAAAAAGCAGCAAAUAAAUAAACAAAAACUAAUAAUAACCUCCACAAUUUGGUAGCCAUCAUACUCCGGGCUACAAUUAAUGUCGAGCCAUGUACAAGUUUCCUUUUCCACCAGCACAUAUUGCCUCACUGUGACCUUGAAGCAAGUCUUGGUAGAAAGCAGUGGUAGCGGCAGUUUACCAGUAGUAAAACACGACUGAUUCAUCAAUGAAGAACCUAACCCAAUACUACUCUAAAUAUCGUACUAAUGGCAAAUGUGUACCUAUAGACCUUCCCAGCCUCCAUGAACAUUGUAGGGGUUUUAGGCCCGUAUACAGGUUGGGUGCCGAGGUCUGUCCCAGAAUAUAGAAAAAUGCAUCUCCUGCAUUCUAGAUUUAACAAAAUUCGGGGAGGGGGGCAUGCCCCCGGACCUCCGUAACAACUCCGGCCCUUUGGGCCGUCGAUUACGCACCCCCUAUAUAAAUUUCUGCGUACGGGCCUGAGUUUUGUUGUAAAUAAUUUUAGUUUUAUUUGUCAGUAAAAGAAAAGUAGA